AGCGAUUUCAAAGCGGGAAGUUGUUUCGGGGAUGGAGGUAGUAUAUAUGUUCCCAUAUUUCAUUCGUGAGCUUCCAUUCUGUGCAACUCAUUAUUGAAAAAGUUCCCUUAUAAUAACCAUUUCCAGAUCUAAAUACUGAGAGAACAUUUCCACUGCUGAGCAGCUUAGUUAAUCAUAAUUAUCUACCGAGGGAUGAGAGUUUCGGGCACCUGAAAUUAGCAGACGCUCUUGGUUAUGGAUUAAAAUUUCUAUCUCAGUUCGUUAAUCCAGCAUUUGCGUCUUUGUUUGAUUCCACUCCAAACGAGUUUGACAGUUUCGAAGAGAUACUGAACCUCUAUGAACAAGGCAUGAAAUUGCCUGAAUGGCAGAAACUCCUCACUGAUAACUUUUCCAUUGAAAUGCUAAGAGAAGUUUUCCGCAGUGAUGGGGAGGGGCUCUUUAAAUUCCCAACCCCAAAGGUUAUCCAAGAGAAUAAAACAGCGUGGAGAUCAGAUGAAGAAUUUGGAAGACAAAUGCUGGCAGGAACGAACCCUGUCACUAUUAGUCGGUUACAAGAUUUCCCGCCAAAAAGCAAACUAGACCCUAAAGUUUAUGGGGACCAGACCAGUAAAAUUAACAAUGAGCACAUCCAGAAAAGCUUAGGUGGUUAUUCUGUCGAGGAGGCAAUUAAGAAUGAACGGCUAUUCAUAGUGGACUACCAUGACACAUUUAUGCCAUACUUGAGGCGCAUAAAUGCAACAAAUAACAAGGCAUAUGCCUCAAGAACCCUGCUUUUUUUGAAAACAGAUGGAACUUUGAAGCCAGUAGCAAUUGAGCUUAGUUUGCCGCAUCCACUUGGAGAUAAAUUUGGCGCUGAUAGCAAAGUGUACACGCCAUCUGAGCAUGGGGUAGAUUAUGGCUUGUGGCAGUUGGCUAAAGCUUAUGCUACCAUGAAUGAUGCGGGCUUUCAUCAAGUGGUCAGCCACUGGUUGAAAACACAUGCAGUAAUAGAGCCAUUUGUGAUAGCAACAAAUAGGCAGUUGAGUGUGCUCCACCCAAUAUAUAAGCUUCUGCGUCCUCAUUUCCAUGAUACAAUGGCUAUAAAUGCUUUGUCUCGGGAAAUAUUGCUUAAUGCUGGUGGGUUGUUCGAGAAAACGUUGUUUCCUGACAAAUAUUCAUUGGAAAUUUCUUCCAUGGUGUACCGGGACUGGGACUUCACUAAAAAUGCACUCCCAACUGAUCUCGUUGAGAGGGGUGUUGCUAUUGAGGACUCAUGUUCCCCACACGGUGUUCGCCUGCUUAUUGAAGACUACCCGUAUGCUGUUGAUGGACUAGAAGUAUGGUCAUCUAUCAAAACAUGGGUUGAUGAAUAUUGCAAGUUAUAUUACAAAUCUGAUGACAUGGUUCAAAAAGAUGUUGAACUCCAGGCUUGGUGGAAGGAAAUCAGAGAGAAAGGACAUGGCGAUUUGAAAGACAUGCCAUGGUGGCCUAAAAUGAAAACAAUCCAGGAGCUUAUUGACUCUUGUACCAUUAUUAUCUGGAUUGCAUCUGCACUUCAUGCAGCUAUCAACUUUGGACAAUACUCUUAUGGUGGUUAUAUCCCUAAUCAUCCUCCCAUAACCCAAAGAUUCAUGCCCACCCCAGGAACUGAUGACUAUAAAGAGCUUGAGACUAAUCCAGAUAAGGUGUUCCUCAAAACAAUCACCCCUCCAUUUCGAGCACUACUUGGCAUGUCCCUUGUUGAGAUUCUCUCCAGGCACACUUCGGAUGAGGUGUACUUGGGGCAAAGAGAGUCCUCUGAGUGGACAAGUGAUAAGGAAGCACGGGAUGCAUUUGCCCGAUUCGGAAGGAAGUUGGGCGACAUUGAAGACCGCAUAGUGAAAAUGAACAUAGCGGGAAAACUGAAGAACAGGAUAGGACCUGUGAUGAUGCCAUACACCUUGCUCUUCCCUUCAAGUGAACCCGGUCUCACAGGCAAGGGCAUUCCAAACAGUGUCACAAUCUAGAUCGAUCUUCAGAAUUCGAAGUGUAUUAUUUACUUUGUGUUUGAUAUUUGUCCUACUUUCACUUAAAUAAACUUACCCUACUCCCCGAAAGUCUGUUCAUGUCACUACAUAAAUAAAUUGCUAUGCAUUACAAUGUUAUAAGAGCAUUAGCCACUCAAUAAUAAUACUCUGAGAAUGAAA